AUGGUCUAAGGCUCGGGGCAGGUGCUGGCUCACUUCCCUUGCUGCAUGGCUCCACGGGUCCGCGUCCGUCCUGGCCUGGCCUUGCCCAUGCUCAGUGGCCCUAAGCUGCUUUCAUCCUGCCUCGUGAUGCUACCAGAGGCCAGUGAUGUGCAGCGACUGGGCUCGGAUGGAAAACGUGUGCGGGGGUGAGGACCGGGAAGGGACCCAGCGCCUCUGGAUGGUCGCUGAGGCUGAGACACGCCGGGUGCGAGACAGCGGCACAUUCUGUCCCCAGGCGGCUCUCAGGGGAGCCCGCCGGCCUCUCCAGGGGCAGUAAACAUCAGCUGGAGACCCUGCCACGGGCCCGGCAGCGUGGAGAGCCAGGAGCAGAGCGCGCUGUGGGAGGGGGCAGGUGCAUAGAUCAUGACAAAGCCCGUGCACCUGUCACCCGCUGCACAGAAAGUUCCUGCAGUAGCAAAGCCAACGUCAGGACCACCGCCUCCGUCUUCACUUCUUAAGGGAAGAACUAGCUACUAGGAUCUGGAUAUAAUCUAGGACUGGCUGGUGGGUGGGUGGAAGAUCUAGCCAAGGGGACAUGAACAGGUCUGCACGGGUGCAAAGGAAACCUCGAACACAUGCAGCUGACGGAGGCAGCGCUGCCUGCCUGAGUUAGCAGACAGCCUGAAGCGAUCCCUCGGAGACGGGGGGUGACUUACUCCUUCCAGGUGGCACGGGUGCUGCUGUCACGGUGGCAAAGAAAAGCAGGUCCCAGGUGGCCCGGCAGGCGCCGGCCUCCAUUCCCACCUCUCCCACUGCCGUCCAGUGUGACCUCUGGCCAUGCCUCAGUUUCCCCAGUUCAAACAACACUCACACCUGCUUCCUCUGGGAGAUAAAGGCCAGUAUUAAAACACCCCCUGCAAUGGCGUUUUCCAAUGCUCCCUCUCACAAACCAACAGGCCAUCACCUAUUCCCGGCACGUCCAAGCCCUCGUCAUCUCCCGGACAGCCCUCGCCCCAGCACCCUCUCCCGACACCUUCCUUUUUUUGGGAAGUCGCCCGCCCUCUGCCAGGCGCAGCCAGGACCAAGUGGGAGCUACAUUAUCCAGGCAGGCAGGAAUGCCGGCGAUGAGAUCAGAUUCCUCCUACCACCGGUUGUUGGCGCCCUGGCAGGGGGACGGGGGAAAAUUUCCACCCGUCUAAAGGAUGCACAAGCAGCUAAAUUUAGGCUGUUUUACAAGAGGGCUGGAAGGCAGCCCAGAGGCUAAAGGGGGCUUUAUAAGCCCAACAGCUGCCUCUGAGCCGUGCUGUCCUCAUCCACCCAGCCGGCUAUAAAGAGGGCCGUGCCAGUGCCCCCCUGGACCCGGCUCUGAUUCCCAUUCUCCUGCAGGAGGAGGGAAGAGGCUCUGUUUCCACUCCUCCCACCCCAGUUGGUUGCCUGGUUGGGUUUAUUUGUAUUUCUUUGUUCCCCCUCUCUCCCGGCAACGUGCCCCGGGGUGGAUGAGCGUGCAGUCCUCCUCUGCCUUCCACUCCCAGCGGCACUUCCACCACAGCUCGUCCUCGGCCUCCCCGGUCCCCUUCCAGCAGCAGCGCAUGGAGAAAGCCCGCGGGAUAUUCGCCGACGACUUCGGGAAGUUCAUGAGGCCGCGCACGGAGCCUCUGGGCUUCACAGCCCGUCCAGGCAACGCGGGGAACAUUAAGACGCUGGGAGACACCUACCAGUUUGCCGUGGACGUCAGCGACUUCUCCCCCGAGGACAUCAUCGUCACCACGUCCAACAACCAGAUCGAGGUCCACGCGGAGAAGCUGGCGGCAGACGGGACCGUCAUGAACACCUUCACCCACAAGUGCCAGCUGCCCGAAGAUGUGGACCCCACUUCUGUCACCUCUGCCCUGGGCCCCGACGGCACCCUCACCAUCAAAGCCAGACGGCACCCGGCCAAGCACACGGAGCACGUGCAACAGACCUUCCGGACUGAGAUCAAAAUCUGAGAGGCAGGGGCAGGGGCAGGGGCAG